AUGGACGUAGAUGCAUCUGAUUCUAUCAGGACUACCAAAGUGCCAACCAUUGCCAAACCUGUAGUUCUUAUUCAAAAGUCAAAAGUGAAACCUGGUUCAACUGUUAAACUAAUUCAGAAGGAAGAUAUUAGAAAAAUGUUGUUUACGUCCAAACAAAAACAACAGCCAUCACUUGACGACUCUGAUUUUGAAGACCCAAAUCCAGUUAUCAGCCAAAAUAAAAGGAAAUCACCUCCACUUGUAAAAGUCAAAGUUAUGCAACAUCACGAGAAGAAAGCUAGAGCAGAUGUGGCCAGCCCUCAACCAAUUAAAACCAAAAUUAAAGUCAAGAAAUUGGAAAAUAGAAAGUCAAAGAAGGGAGUCCAUGUCGAUAUUCCAAUACAACCAAGGCGAAUACAUAUUCGGACGUCACCAAAAAUAUUAUUCUCCAUAAUCCACGGUCUGACCAAUGGACAAAAGGAAUAUAUAUCAUCAAUUGGAUUUGGUCCCCUUUUAAAUAUAAAAGUAGAUGGGUCGGCAUCACGAAUUGGGUACUAUGCGGUCAACAACUUUGACCCUGAACGAAUGGUUUUGACUGUCGAGCGGGGUGAGAUACCAAUUACUAGGCAAUUGAUACAUGACAUGUUGGGUCUCCCUUUGGGAAAUGUCAAUAUCAAUUCUUUAAACUUCACACCCGCUCAAGACAAAACUGUUGAUUUGUGGUCUGCACAGUUCAAUUCAGAAAAUGAUAUUAGUCCCAAAGGCGUACAAAGGGCGAUUAAGAGAUUAAAAGAUGUUGGGUUAUUGUUUAAAGUCAAUUUUUUGGUGCUCAUUUGUAACACUCUUGGACAAUCCAAGAGCAUGAGCACAUGUGAUGUAUCAAUGCUUGCAAAGGUCUCAGAGGAUUUAGAUUUAAGCGACAUAGAUUGGUGUUCAUAUGUGUUGGAGUGUUUGAAAAAUACAAAAAAUGCAUGGAAUCCUAUGAGCGAUACAUCUUACUAUGUUGGUCCUAUUGUCCUCUUGACGGAUGUAGAAACCAUACGUUCACGUGAGGAAUAUGAAAUCAGAAAUGGUGGACUUGGUACUGGUGAACUUCAGGAACCUUACAUACCACAGGAUGACAAGGCGGAAAAUGUCAAUUCGUUGAAUGGAUCAGUUGAGGAAUACCUUUCUGCCAUUGAAAGUAUGUUCAACAAGCUAGUUGCGGAUAAUCAUUUGAUGGACUCAAAACUGUUAGAAGCAAUCGAAAAGCAUCCUCUUAUUUGUGAUUUCUACGAAUGGAAAGCCAAGAUCAGAAUAUUCUUUGAUGAAGCAUCCGCGAAAUAUGAAGCAGGAAGUUGUUCUAAUGAUCCCAACCAUAUUGAACCUUUAUCCCAAUGGUGGUCAGACAACUCAGAACAAAAUUAA